UUGCAGAGGUCAGUCCUGAAUCCUCAGCCCGAACGGUAAACAAAUACCAUCGCGUGUGACGAAAGAUGCGGAAAGAUAUGAAUCAAGUUUAAAACAUUUUAAAGUUUUAUUUAAGACUGUGAAGGGAACUGCAGUUAAUGUGGUGUAUGUAACGUGAAAAACUGUGCCAGUUGCAACAUGAACGUUUAAUAAGUGUUUGAAUCUGCCUUGCAACAAAAAUCAUAAAUAUGAAGCUCUUAACACUGAUAGCUUUGUGUGUGGUGACGUCAGCGUACAAGAUCACUCAGCUGAAGGUGCCGCUGUAUGCGGACCCUCGCCGUGCAGCCGAGCUGAGUUGUCACUUCAUAAUGGACGACUACGAGCUGCAUUCUGUCAAGUUGUAUCGAGACCUGGACGAGAUAUUCAGAUACAACCCCUCACAGAAGCCUCAGAUACGUCUGUACAACGUGACAGGAGUGAUGGUUCAAGGCGGGGAGUGUGAGAGUAGGUGGUGUCUGGUGCGAGUGAUGCCCGCACCGGUAGCAACACAAGCCGCCUACACCUGUGAGAUAUCAACAGAAGGACCCAAGUUUAUGAUAGCGAGGAAAACUAAACAGAUGACUGUUCUAGCUAUGCCGGAUAAAGACCCAGUUAUUUAUGGAGCACCAAAACAAGUGAAGCCUGGAGAACAGAUAGUCCUCAAUUGUACUUCAGAUUACUCUUUACCUCCGUCGGACAUUAAAUGGUAUAUUAACGACGAACUACAAAAGGCUGAGCUAUGGCAUCACACUGGACUAAGUGCAGUACAGCCCGGGGGUCUUCGUGCUUCGUGGCGUAUUCUCAGAAUCUCCGUGCCAUCAGAUGUCAUCGGCGCCCUCCGAGUGAGAUGUGAGGCAGUUCUCACUGUCGAGCCGCCGGUUAUCCGUGAAACUUCAGCCGUAAUGACCUUGUUCUCUCGUACUCAGCUAUCUAAAUAUAUGUCUAACAGAGGUUUUGCACGGGUUGGAUAUCGAGAUCUAAUGUUAGUCUCAGUAAUUUUAAGUAAUGUAAACAGGAUACUAUCAGUAAUAUGGAGAAUAUAAGAGUAUAGAUUAAGAAUUAAGUAUUGAUGAUAUUUGCGUAGUAUAACUAUGGUAGCAUAAAUGUUUUAAUCAAGACAUAAUUGAAUUAAUUUCAGCUCACGAAUUAACUGAAUGAAAAUAUAUCAAAUUAAUUAUUUUUCAACCGUACUAGAGUGCGUUAUAAAUUAUAACUGUUUUGUAAAUAUCUGCAUAUUUGAUCUAAUUACUUUUUCAAAUAAUUUUAUAUGUUUUCUUAGCAUUGACAAUAAUAAGAUCGAGCAGUUAAUAAUAAUUGAGCGCUUUUUGAAAUACUUCAUAAUGUUGAGACAAAAAGGUUUUAGUAUUUAAAUUGGAUUCAAAACUUUAAAGGUAUCAUUAGCUCAAAACUCUUGCAAUAUACGUUAUUACUGGGAAGCUUUAAAAAAAAAACAAUAAAUGCACUUCAAUAUUGUUUGACGUAACUAAAAUUAUUUUUAAAGCUGUGAAAAUUUUAAAAAGGUCGAAAAAAGUUCAAUAAUGAUAUUUAGUUUUCUACUAUUGAAAGCCAACCAUUUAAUGGGACAAAAGAAAUAAAAAAUCGCUUCUUAUUAAAGUAUUAGCGUAAGACGUAUUCAAGUUAGUUUUCCUUGUACCCAUUACCUCCAUUAUAUUUUACCUUUAAGCAUUGCUUUUUUGAAACAUAAAUGUUUUAAUAAAUAAACGGAAUAGAAUACUGAUGUGUUAAGGUAUUGUUAUUGAUAUUUAUUGUUAUAGAUGAAAAUAUGUGUGUACAAUGCUUAUAUUAAUUUCUACAUAUAUAUUAAAAAAUAAAUAGAAAAUAAAAAAAUAAUUGAUGUAUGUUAUUAUAGUAAUAUUACAAUCAGACAAAGCUCCUGGCACACUAAACUGAAAAUAUUUCUCGUGUAUAAGAAAGAGAGGAAAGAAGUAUUUAUUGAAACGAAAACUGAGACUCUGCUGUUACGCUCGUUUGAGUAACGUCUGCUAGAGCAGAAUGAAAUAGAGUAAUUUGUACAAUUAAAAUUCGUAGGCAGUUAUGUUAACUAACCGACGAUAAUAUCACAUCGCAUCUUUGUACCUAAGUGUGAGCAAGCGCGCUGUAUUGGCAAUCUCUUUCAUGUCGCGAAUGCCACGAGCUUUGCCGAUAACUUUAACUCCUUCUAGCACAACACAAACUUUUAUUGAAUUUGUACACAAUUAUAGCACUGCUUAUAUUUUAGUCUCCCGAAAACUAGUUUAAUUAAUGUUUAAUAAUCUAUGGCUGUGUAUUGUUUACAGUAUGAAAUAUUUUGUUAAUGUAAAGUGUCCAAUUUAUA